CAAGAGGAGCAGAAGCAGGAGCAAGGGGAGCAGAAGCAGGAGCACGAGCAGGCGCAGUGAUGCACCUUCUCCUCUUCUCCCUUUUUCUCCUCUUGCCGCAUGCAGUUUCCUUGACAAUAGAUGGGAGCGUGUUGGCAAGAGAGGACGGAAUAGGCAUGCAUGACCCUGCGAGGGCCGACAAGCUUCAUUUCCUUGGAAGAUUCUGCUUCUCCAACACUGGAUCAGGCAUGGGAACCGUCACGAUGACUGCCAACGUGGCGAGAGGAGGAGGCGGAACCAACGUGGUGCUCGUGGACGACACGAGAUGGGCAGAUCUGUGGAGGCAGAGGGAGAUAAUCGGCUGCACGCAAGCGCUGGGUGCCAUGUCGGGGCAGGGAGCGUUCCUGUGGACCACGGACCUGCCGGAGGGGAAGAGCGCGAGAGUGCUCUCAGUAGAGGACAACGUGAGGCCCCAUUACUGGUACGCUGCUGCCAUGAACUGCAAGGGCCCGAUGGACUUCACCUACAGCAUCCGGUUCGUCCAACCUGACGGCACUCUCCUCUCCUUCGAUGACGUGGGUGUGAUGACAGCCUACGAGAUGUUGCUCGUCCUCCUCCUCGUCCUUCUCUUCCUCCACGGGUUUGCUCAUAACUGGAAUCUACCGUACAUGUACGGAGUGACAGUCCUGACCACCAUCGUCCUCCUCUCGCUCUCGCUGGCCUGCGUGCUGAAGAUCCUCCACAUCUUUCUGAUGAGCCAGGAUGGGAGGGGUUCGCCGUUCCUGAGUGCAGUCGGGGACCUCUGUCAUGCCAGUGCCCAGCUGUUCCUCUGCUCGAUUUUCCUGCUGGUCAGCAACGGCUGGGGUGCCCUGUCUCCGGUCCUUAGGAGGGAGCACAGACGGCACAUCCUCCUCCUCCUCCUCCUCUUUGUUGUCUUCCACGUCUACUUCCUGCUCAACGACUGGUUCUUCCUCGAUCACGCCUCAGCCACGUAUGCGUACGAGUCUCUUCCUGGCUUCCUGGUGGUGGCGCUGCAAGUUGCGUCUCUUGCCUUCUUCGGCUUCAGGCUGAGAGAAACGAUGAACACGCUGGAGGGCGGCGAGAAGAAGCGCUUCCUGCUCCUCUUCGGCUGCCUCGCCUGCGUCUGGUUCAUCCUAGUCCCAGUCGCCGUCCUCAUCGCGACCCUCCUCGACCCUUACGUGAGGGCCAAGAGCGUCGCGAUCAUGAGGCUAGUCAUCGACGGCUCCACCGUCACCGUCCUGGUCUGGCUCGUCAUGCCCAGCAGGUUGGACAAGUACUUCCAAGGCUCAGUUUGCCCUCCUGGUCCGACGUGGCAGAAUCGGCACCCUACGAAGAUUUAUGAAGGAGGAGAAGGCGGGCAGAUGGAGCUGGAGGGAGGAGGAAGGGAAGGGAAGAUGAGGGGGAAGAAGGAGAAGAGAGAGCUAAGGGCGGAGCAGCGGGACAGGUGUAUGGAGAGCAUGAUUCAAAGGUUUUCUUCCUUUAUCGUUGUGUGGGGGGAGGGUGGGGGGCUGGAGACGGAAGGGAGGGGAGGGGGAGGAGGAGAGCGGAGUGAGAGGAGUUAGGGGAGGAAGUCAGGAGAAUGGGGAAGAAGGCAAGUGACAGUGAGAUACGAUAAUUACCCAAAUUAACAAACAUCAAUGAUAAAUUUCUAUAAGAUG